AUGGCUAUCAACGGUUCCAUCCCCGGGCCUACCAUCCACGCCGACUGGGGUGACCACGUUAUCGUGCAUGUCACCAAUAAUCUCGCCUCGGCGAAGAACGGAUCAAGCAUUCAUUUCCAUGGGAUCCGUCAGAAUUAUACAAAUCCUAAUGACGGUGUUGUUUCAAUUACUCAAUGCCCAACGGCACCGGGUAAAACAACGACCUACAAAUGGGCAGGUAUGGCUCGUCGUGGUAUCAUUCUCAUAUCGGGCUGCAGGCCUGGGAGGGUGUCUACGGCGAAUUAUGAUGUUGAUAAGGGAAGUUUGUUUUUGAAUGAUUGGAGUCAUCGGACUGUCGAUGAGUUGUAUGAUUCUGCUCAGUCGAGUGGUCUGCCUACCCUGGAUAAUGGGUUGAUCAAUGGUACGAAUACGGGAUACCGAUUCAACACGUCUGUCACUGCGGGUACUUCGUACCGGUUCCGUCUGAUUAAUGCUGCGAUUGAUACGCAUUUCAAGUGUUCUAUUGACAACCACACGCUCACUGUGCUGGCGAUGGAUUUUGUUCCUAUUGAGCCAUUCAAUACUACUGUCCUCAGCAUCGGCAUGGGCCAACGAUACGACAUUGUCGUCCACGCAACCCAGUCUACAGGCAAUGACAGCUACUGGAUGCGCGCCAUCCCCCAAGAAGCCUGUUCCGAUAACGACAGCGCCAAUAACAUCAGGGGAAUCAUGUAUUACGGCAACACACCCUCGACCCCACCACAACCGCAUACACCUACACCGACAGCUGCGACGACAUGUCCAUCCCCCUACCUCCCCCAGAGCGCCUCACUCCCCUACUUCAACGCCAGCGAACCCGUCACUCUCGGUACGAACUCCGAGAACCUCUUCCGCUGGAAAAUGAACGGGACCUCUAUGCAAGUCGAGUGGGAUAAUCCCACUCUCCUUCAAAUCUGGAACAACGACACUAACUUCACAAAUUCCAGCGGUGUCGUCGAGCUACCCGUGCCAACGAGUAGUGUUGAGCAGGAAGAUGAUGGGAUUUGA